CAUCUACGCUGAGUAAUGCAUAUAGAAAUCAUCAUGGUCAAAUCGCCCAAAAUGUACUAUGCCUAUGCGACUUCAAUAUGAAGUUCACGUAUGUAUAUACUGGCUGGGAGGGUACAGCACAUGAUGCAAGAGUAUUCCUGGAUGCAUUGAGUCGACGUCGGAAUCAAUUCCCAUGGCCACCCGAAGGCUAUUAUUACCUUGUCGAUUCCGCAUUUCCAUGCAUUGAGAAAUUUAUGCCUCCAUAUCCGCGAGAGAGGUAUCAUCGGUCUGAUCGUUAUAGCGGUCGUCAAUUCCGAGGAUAUAAAGAUUAUUUCAACUUCCGACAUUCCUCGCUGCGCAACAUUAUUGAACGUACAUUUGCGUUAUUGAAGAAUCGAUUUCAAAUAUUGAGUGCGAUGCCUCGCUAUCGCCCUACGAGGCAAGGGAUGCUUGUUACCGCAUGUUGUACGCUGCACAACCUUAUUAGAACGGUAACGCCAAAUGAUGAGUUCAUUCAGGCAGCAUUGACGCUUCAGUUUAGUGAAGAAAAUAUGACCGGGAACGAUGAGGCAGGCGAGCCCUCUGAAGUGGUUGACAUGUCCCAUGAGUCGGCCGGAGCUAUGGCAGCACAGAGAGAUGCGAUUGCGAUCCCCAUGUGGGAAGAUAGGUUUGGAGCAUGAACGUGUACAAGUUUAUUUGAAAACACUUUAUGAUUUGGUCAUUACUUAGGUAAUGACAACUGUUGGGAAUGUUAAUGAACACUGGGCGAUUUAUUUUCUAUUGUUUGCAAACUUAUCA